UGUUGGGAAAUAUAUCACUUCCGGGUCCCUCUGGUGUUGGGAAAUUCACGUGACAGCGAUGAGUGAGGAGGAGAAACGAGCGGAACUUUACCGAUCGGUGCGAGAAUUCCCCGACUUCCCCUCCCCCGGGGUGACCUUCAGAGACAUCACUCCGGUGAUGAAGAAUCCCUCCGCUCUUCGUGCCGCCACCGAUCUGUUUGAGAGAUUUAUCCGGGAGAACUUCGCUGAUGUGGAUGUGAUUGCCGGAUUGGACUCUCGCGGUUUCCUGUUUGGUCCGGUUUUGGCGCAGAGAUUGGAGAUCGGCUUCGUAUUGAUUCGGAAAAAAGGAAAAUUACCGGGACCCACGGAGUGCGUUUCCUACGCCCUGGAGUAUGGGAAGGCGGAGAUUGAGAUCCAGUCGGAUGCUGUGGAUCCGGGACAGAAAGUUGUGAUCAUCGAUGAUCUGCUGGCUACAGGAGGGACGAUGAGCGCCGCCUGCGAUCUCCUGCAGAGGAAGAACGCCGAGAUCCUGAGCUGUCUGGUGCUGAUUGAGCUGAAAUCAUUGAAAGGCGCCGAGAAGCUCCGCCCCCACCAUGUCCACUCCCUGCUUCAGUAUGACUGAGGGGGGCGCUGCUCGGGGGUCCCGGCACUACGAGGGGCCGAUGACGGCUUCAUCAUCUGAAGGGCGAAUCUCUCUGCAGCCAAUCACAGAGGGAUUUGCUGAUCUCAGUGGGGAGUGGUCCUAUGUAAUAGACCCACCCCUAAUUAUAUGUUCACCCUCCAAGUUACUGUGGGCGGAGCCGACUUGGGGUUAAAGGGUCGGAAUAUUUCACCAGUCUAAUGGAAUCAAUUAAAUUCACCUCGCUCGCCCUUCCUUUUGCUCCCCCGCCA